CUUCGGUAUGGAAAGCUAAUACAAGUUUUUUCCUCGUCUAGUGUCCGGUUGCCUCUCUCGCCACAAGGAUGCUGAUACGAACGAUCCUCCGCAGCCGCAGAUCCUCCCUCCUGCUGGCCCUGUGCUUGGGGUCCCUCGCGGCGCUCCUGCUGCCUGGACCCUCGAGCAACGUGGCGGAGGUGGCGAGGGAGGCGGACGGCGGCGUCGCGGUGCCUGGCCUGGCCGACGUCGAAAGGGUAGGCCUACCGUGGUGGGAUGGGGGUGAGUGCCGCUGCACAGACACCCGCUGCCAGCCUCCGCCCGCGCCCACGGUACCCAGGGAGAAAAUGGGCGGCACCUGCGGGCUGAGGGCGUGGAGGGCGGGAGGAGGUCAGAAGGUCAUAUCAUACGUUCUCUACGGGAAUAAUUCAAUUUACUUUGAAGGAUUUAAGAAGAAUAUUGAUCGGAUUCGCCUCGUAUACCCCGGGUGGUCAGUGUGGCUGUACACCGACCCGCGAGGACAACACGACUUCCUGUGCCCACUCCUACGGGACUAUCCUUACCUGUAUGUCUGUGACGUGACCAACCUGCCGACCCUCGGAACAGAACUGACAUGAGAGGAGUGGCGAGCUCUGCCGAUUGGAGACCCGAAUGUGGAUGUGGUUUUGUCCAGAGAUACGGAUGCCAAGAUCCUGGAGCGCGAGACAGCCGCCGUCCGGGAGUGGCUGAGGACGAACCGCUCCUUCCACGUCAUGAGGGACCACCAUAACCACUGCGCCCACGUGAUGGGGGGCAUGUGGGGCAUGAGGAUGGAUGUUGCGGAUAGGAAGCGAGGAGGAGGAGGAGGGGAAAAGGAAGGAGGGAGAGAAGCAGGAGGAGAGAAUGGAAAGGGAAAGGAAGGGGAAGAAAAGAAUGGCAAAGAAAAUGCAGAAGGAGGAGGAGGAGGAGGAGGCACCGAAGCCCUCUCCUCCUCCAGCAGGGACUUCUUCGCCUUCGUCAGAAAUAGCAUCAUACAGCACGGAUCAGAGUCCCAUAAGGAUGAUAUUGACCAAGGCAUCUUCGCUAAAGUGCUCUGGUCAACGUUUAAGACUGACCUCGUUUCUCACAGUAGCUUCUGCUGUGAAAAAUUUCCUGAAGGUUUCACUCCGUUUCCGACACAGCGAGUCGAGAGGUCCUUUGUGGGGAAUAAGGAGGACUCGAACCCUCACUGUUGCAAGCAGCCAGUUGCAAAACGAAUACUCUACCAAUGA